AUGUCAAACCUCCAAGCUUCGCAUCUUUUCUCCGUUCAGGGCCGGGUCGCGGUCAUCACAGGCGGAGGUACCGGUCUGGGCCGUAUCAUAGCCCACGCGCUCGCCAUCAACGGUGCCUCGAAGAUCUUCGUUCUCGGUCGCCGAGAAGAGGCCCUCCGCGAGACGGCCACUCAAGCACAAGAUGGAGUCAUCAUCCCGGUCAAAUGCGACAUCACCUCAAAGGAGUCGUUGGAAUCAGCAUACCAGACUAUCGCAGCGCAGACUACCUACAUUGACAUCCUCUUCGCCAAUGGUGGUAUCGUGGGUCCGGGUAUGCGCCCGCCCCAGCCAAAGGCCGACGGAACUCCGCCGUCUCUAUCAGAAUUCCGCGAGGAGCUAUUCAACAUCCCAAUGGAGGAAUUCACGAAGGUCCUGGACGUCAACAUCACUGGCUCAUACUAUACUGUCCUGACCUUUUUGCCUCUGCUUGAUGCGGCCAACAGGAGACGACCCGCACCGCAGGUGGGUGUGCUUACUCCCCCCACGGCACAGGUCGUGAUCACCACCUCCAUUGCGGGUUUCAUCCGAAGAGCACCGUUCAGCUAUGCAUACAGUGCGUCCAAGGCCGGAACUACCCAUCUGGUAAAGAUGCUUUCUACUACUCUAUCCUCGUAUGAUAUUCGGGUCAAUGGUAUCGCGCCGGGGUUGUAUGACACCGAGAUGGCCCAUGAUGUUUUCACGCAGAUGGGUGCUCAGAGUGGAGGUAUCUCGGAGGGUUCAUUCCCAAGACCUAUGAUUCCUCUAACUCGGGCCGGUAGUGAGGAGGAUUUUGCUGGUUUGAUCCUUUGGCUGGCGAGCAACUCUGGUGGUUAUGUGAAUGGCGCUAUUAUGAUUACUGAUGGUGGUCGCCUCAGUGUGUGGCCGAGUGCAUACUAG